GGCUGGCCUUAUUAAUCCUCAUCCUACCUAUGACCCAACAAUAUUAUUAAAGACUCUCUUCAAGUGUUUGGGUGUCUCUGGAUUUGCAGAGCUCAAAGAUGGGAAGGAAGUGCUCUCAUUGUGGGAACAAUGGGCACAACUCAAGGACCUGCAGCAGCCCAAGAGGUGUGGUCAGUAAUGGUGGACUGAGGCUGUUUGGGGUGCAGCUUCAUGUAGCUUUCCCUAUGAAGAAGAGCUUUAGCAUGGAAUGCUUGGCCUCCUCAUCCUAUCUUGCUUCUUCAUCCCCUUGCUCUUCAACAUCAUCUUCUUCUUCCCUUGUUUCUAUUGAUGAAACCACUGAGAAGUUUUCUAAUGGUUAUCUUUCUGAUGGUCUCCUUGGCAGAACGCCAGAAAGGAAAAAGGGAGUUCCAUGGACUGAGGAAGAGCAUAGGUCAUUUCUAAUCGGUCUUGAGAAACUUGGAAAGGGAGAUUGGCGAGGCAUCUCGCGGAAGUUUGUGACCACAAGGACCCCCACUCAAGUGGCCAGUCAUGCUCAGAAAUAUUUUCUACGGCAGACCAGCCUCAGCAAGAAGAAGCGCCGAUCUAGCCUCUUCGAUGUGGUUGCAAGUUGUGAUCGGGCAGAUCAAGUCACUGAUUCUUCGAAGUUCAAAGAGCCUUGCAGCUCAAAUGAAUUGCAUAUUCCUACUUUGUCUCUGAAGACAACAGAUUAUGAAGCUUCUGAGAUCAUUGCAGUUGAUCUGAACUCUUCAGAACAAGAAGCCCAGUUGCCUUCUUCCCUCACUCUGAUGCCUAAGUCAUCUUUUUGUCCAUUAUCACAGCCAAAGCCUCAUGUUCACCUCUCACCACUGAAUUUAGAGCUCAGCAUUUCCUCAGCAAGGCCCUUGGAUUAAAAUUACUCAUCUCCAAACUAUCUUCAUUGGGUCGAUUAGCGUUACCGAAGUGGCUGGAAGACAUUGGAACAGAUCAAUAUUUGGAGUUCAACAGGUUUGCUCAAGGCUCAUACAGUAGAAGGAAGAUCACAUGAGGAAAAUUCUAUGUUUCGUAAUAUUAAUGUUGUUCUAUAUAUGUGUAUGAUCGUAUAUUAGACAUUCAAGGCUUUCGCUACGUAUUUGAGUUAGACUUUUGUAAUGCUUUGAUUAAUUAUGAUAGGAUCAUGGGAAGCUCUGCAU